AUGAAAAAGGAUGUCGAUUGUGCUCCUAACAAGAAUCUUGAGCCACAAUCGAAAGGAGAGGCAGUGGCUCAGCAAGCCAAACGCUUCAUUAAAAUCUCUAACCUGCCAAAGCCUGAAAAAAGGAAGAGAGAAACAAAUUUGUCAAAUACACCAGCUACCAGCUUAGCUGUGCCAGUUGACACACGCUUGGAAGUUUUGGCAGAUGAUGCACAAGUUGUGGAGACACCAGCCCACUCAGAAGGAACUGAUGGUCAAGAAGUUGACCUCAGUGAAGCAUGCAAUGUUUCAAUGCUGAAGCAAGAAGUCGCAUCCCUUUCAGCUCGUGUAGCUUUGCUGGAAUCACAGAAGCGUGACCUCGAAUUGGCCAAUCAAGAUUUAUCUGAACGAUUGGCUGACUUGGAACGAACCUCGGGGCGAACUGAUAUGUGCCACCGUGAGUUUGGUCUAAUGAAUAAGCAGAAAACUUAAAAAAAACUUGGUCUAGGCUAUCGUCCAAAUCGGUCAUGCCGAGAAUCGAUGGAAAGGCUUUACCCUUCCCACUUUUUCAUUUUUGGCCAAAUUAUAAAUUUGGCUUAAAAUACAUGAUUUAGAUUCAGAAUUGAAUGAAAAUCAUGAAAAUCAGGUU